AUGGCCUGUACCGACGCUGACGUUAAAGUCACCAAGGACAAUCAAUUUAUCUGCCUUCGACACAGUUUCAAGGAGGACGUGCAGGUCCUCGUAGAAUUUGUCCCUUGCUGCGUCUGGGCUGGUUAUCGGCGGAGCGUAAACGCUAAUGAUGGUGGCAAAUUUGACUCCCCGAAGAAGCAGGCGGAGACAGGCCAGUCGUCCCAUGAUAUCGUCCUAGAUGGCAAAGAAGACACCCGCGUCUCGCUGCUCUGCCUUGGGGCGACCGCCUCAGAAGAAGGUGUAGCCGGCGCCCACCUCCUCCAGUUGGCCUUGCUUGAAGAACCGGGUCUCACCGAGUGCAUCGAUGUCCACCUUGUAGCGCGCAAGUUCACGAGCCAUUAGCGCCGUCCUGCGUUCCUGUCGGCUGCUACUCGGGUUGUCUAAAAGAUAAAAAACGUUCCAGGCUGCGAGAGUGAGCGAACUCACCCUAUCAGUCUGACGAGUGGGGCGGUGGAAAGGAGGAGGAGGAGGAGGAGGAGGAGGAGGAGGAGGAAGAGGAGGAGGAGGAGAAAGAGAGAGCGUUACCUCGAUUUUGGGUGUCUCGACCGUGA